UGGGGAGUGAUUAGUGAAGCGAAGAGGGGCAGUUUGGUGAUUCGAGGAAAGUAGCAGCAAGCGAAGGAGGCUCCGUCGUCGUCUUCAUUAUCUCUCCUCCUGCACAAGGGAAGUACUGGACGCCGCAGGAAAGCUUAUAUUUAUGGUGAAGGGGUAGGGCUUGAAUUCCUGGGAACGAGAAUGUCGCAGAACGGGAAAUUGAUGCCGAACCUCGACCAACAAAGCACCAAACUCCUCAACCUCACCGUCCUCCAGCGUAUGGAUCCCUUCGUCGAAGAAAUCCUCAUCACAGCAGCUCAUGUUACCUUCUACGAAUUCAACAUCGACCUCAGCCAAUGGAGUCGGAAGGACGUCGAGGGUUCUCUCUUCGUUGUCAAAAGGAACACACAGCCUCGGUUUCAGUUCAUUGUGAUGAACCGGCGCAAUACAGACAACUUGGUGGAGAAUCUCUUGGGGGAUUUUGAGUAUGAGGUCCAAGUGCCAUAUUUAUUGUAUCGGAAUGCAGCCCAAGAAGUAAAUGGUAUUUGGUUCUACAAUGCACGUGAGUGUGAAGAAGUUGCAAACUUAUUUAGCAGGAUACUUAAUGCAUACUCCAAGGUGCCACCAAAGUCAAAGGUUACUUCAACAAAAAGUGAGUUCGAGGAACUGGAAGCAGUCCCAACCAUGGCAGUGAUGGAUGGUCCUUUGGAGCCUUCGUCAACAACUGCCUCGAAUGUUACAGAUGGUCCAGAUGAUCCUUCCUUUAUGAACUUCUUCAAUGCUGCUGCAACUAUUGGGAAUGCUGCAAACGCAACAAUUAGUGGACAACCAUAUCAGUCUUCUGCAACAAUGCCCCCAACCUCCCGUAUGAUUGGUGUUGCUCCUCCAACAAUGCCAAUUCUGCAAGUGUCAUCUUCGUCGCUCCCAACAUCUACUUCAAUGCCAUUGCUCGAUACUCCUGAAUCCGGUGGAACUAGCAACCAAACAGCUAAUCUUGUGAAGCCGUCUUCAUUUUUUGGCCCCCCUUCUUCUUCUGCUUUGGUGAUGUCACCAGCUUCUUCAUCCAUGCCUACUGCUCCUCCGCUUCAUCCACCCAUGAAUAUGCAACGGCCAUAUGGUGCUCCACUGCUUCAACCAUUUCCACCACCCACUCCUCCGCCAUCUCUUACCCCUGCUCCUGUUCCUCCAAGCUAUGGGCCUGUCAUCAGCAGGGACAAAGUCCGUGAUGCACUUCUGAUUCUUGUUCAGGACGAUCAGUUCAUUGACGUGGUAUAUCGAGCACUGCUAAAUGCGCAUCACUCAUGACCAGUUUGAGGGGCAGUACAAUACUCUUGAAGGAAUUUGUCUAUUGUGUAGUAAUUUAGGGAAAAAAAAAAAAAACAAAAAGAAACUGCGUGGCAGACCCAUUUUGUAU